AUGAGCUGCGUUCCUCUCUCAGGAGGUGGCGGAUCGACAACUCAAACGCAGGGAUCACAGACAAGCUCGCAGACUUCGGAUACGUCUACCACCCAGGGUUCUUCAGCGGAAAAGGACAAGGGGCAGUCUUCAGCGGCAAAUGCAUCUCCAACUGACCAGCAAUCGCCCUCGACCGAGCAAAAGGUGACCGAGGCUUCAAAGACUGAUAACAAGGACAACGGAUCUCCGUCACCAGACCAAAAGAAAAAUGAGACACCAAACACCGAGCAGAAGGAAAACGAGAAUCCUAAUAACGAGGAAAAGAAAAACGAGUCGCCAAACCCCGAACAAAAGGAAAACAAGUCUCCGUCGCCCGACCAAAAGGAUAAUCAGGCCCCAUCGCCCGAGCAACAAUCUCCUCAAGCACCUUCGCCCGAGCAACAGUGGACCCAGGAGCCUUCGAACAACCCGCAACCCACGACAGCUCCCCCUCCAAGCCAGCAGCAAUGGACGCCGGCUCCCGCAAACAACCCGAAACCAACUCCAGCGCCUCCUUCGAGUCAGCAACAAUGGGCCCCUGCUCCAGCUCCCGGUGACAACAAACAACCGACUCAGGCUCCGUCGAAUGAACAGCAAAACGACCACCAUCAGCAGCAGCAGCAGUAG